UUUGCUUGCAUGCAGUUCAAUAGGGAUACAGGGUAUACUGUUCAGUGUGCAGUUGUGACUGUAUAUAUAUAUAUACCACUAGCUAUCCCGUUUCUAUGUUUGCUAAUUUAGCCCAAAAUAUUUGUUCCCAUUUGAGGCUCCGUAGAUUGCCACCUCACACGGAAGUGGGAGGGUUUUGCUAAUAGGUCCAUGGUUUUGCUGUCAAAGGUCAUUUUUACAGGCGCGGACUGCUUUGAUGCGGAUGAAAACUUUUUUUGAGACACGCAAUGACUGCGCGAAAUAUAUCUCGGUUCUGGGAAUGGGGCAGGAAAAUCAUCUGCGUGGGAAGAAAUUAUGCUGACCAUGCAAAGGAAUUAAAGAAUGCUCUUCCUACAGAGCCUAUUUUGUUCUUGAAGCCACCUUCUGCAUACGUUACCGAGGGCUCCCCUAUUCUGGUCCCGUUCUACUCCAGCAACUUGCACCAUGAAGUUGAAUUGGGGGUUGUAAUUGGGAAGGGCGGCACGGCUAUCUCUCAGAGUAACGCUAUGGACCACGUUGCGGGCUACGCGUUGUGUUUGGACAUGACAGCCCGAGACAUCCAGGAAGAUUGCAAGUCAAAGGGUCUGCCAUGGACACUGGCUAAAGCUUUCAACACCUCCUGCCCCAUAAGCGAAUUCAUUCCCAAAGAACGGAUCCCUGACCCGGGAAACGUGACGCUGUGGUUGAAGGUGAAUGACCAGUUGCGACAGAACGGCUGCACGGCUGAGAUGAUUUUCUCCAUUCCUUUUCUCAUCAGUUACAUAAGCGAGAUCAUCACACUGGAGGAGGGCGACCUCAUCUUAACCGGGACGCCGAAAGGGGUCUCCGCCGUACAGGAGCACGACGAGCUCCAGGCGGGCAUAGAAGACGUCAUUACCAUGAACUUCAAAGUCAAUCGAAAAAAUCAAUAAAUCAAAAUCAUGUGUGAUUUAACAAAUGUAUGGAUGCAAGUGUCGAUUGGAAAUGAUUUAUUAUUGAAAAUGAUGGAUUAACAUGUGAUUUC